AUUCCCGUCAUUCCAGUUCGUAGCGUUAGGGCAGAUGACAGCAACAGUGGUAGUCCUGUUCGUGGCUAAGCGGCUCAAGAUCGUGGACUAUCCUGAGUUCUCGCCAGACAUCGUGAAUAAAAUAUGGCCGCUGCCCCUCAUCUACGUGGGGAACCUCAUAUUCGGGCUUGGAGGCACCAAGAGGCUCAGUUUGCCGAUGUUCACUGUUCUUCGGAGAUUUUCCAUUCUCUUCACCAUGAUUGGAGAAAAAUUAAUUUUAGGGAAUAACCCACCUUUUACUAUUCAAUUAACUGUGUACACUAUGAUCCUCGGUUCCAUCAUAGCUGCACUAAACGAUAUCUCCUUUGAUGCGGUGGGCUACUUCUUUGUGCUAUCCAACAAUGUGUUCACGGCAGCAAAUGGCGUCUACGUCAAGAAGAAGUUGGACAGUAAGGACCUGGGCAAGUAUGGGCUCCUGUUCUACAAUUCUCUCUUCAUGCUGCCGUUCGCCACCUCCUUUAGCUGGUUCAAUGGCGAUCUUGAUAAGGCAAUGGCAUAUGAAGGCUGGAGUGACCUCUGGUUCACAGUACAGUUCAUCAUGUCGUGUAUCAUGGGAUUCAUCCUGAUGUACUCGGUGAUGCUGUGCACGCAGUACAACUCUGCACUGACCACCACCAUCAUCGGGUGCCUCAAGAACAUCUUUGUUACGUACUUAGGGAUGAUUAUCGGUGGCGACUAUGUGUUCUCCAUCUACAACUUCGCGGGGCUCAAUAUCAGUGCCUUUUCAAGUGUAGUGUACUCCCUCCUAGUGUUCACGCAGAGAAGUAAAGGUCCCAAAUCGGCCAGUGGUAAACGCGCAUUGCAGGUAGUAUAGUGUACUCGUGGGUGACGUUCCGCAGAAAGGACCCCCCCAAGCCAGAGCUCCUGAAAGCUGCCCCGACUUCGAAUGUCUAAGACACUGUGCCGUUUUUUUGACACAAGUCAUUCUCUGCGGUGGUGAAAUAUCCAUUACGAAAGAGGUUUUGUGUGCUCAUCCGUGAUAAGUUUCUGUUGCUGGGAAAUGUCGUUGCUCAUGUUGUGGGUUUGUCUUUUUUUUUUUCUUUCUUCUUCUUCUUCUUCUUCUCUCUCUCUUCUUUUUCCUUUUUUUCUCCUUUUUUUCACUUAUAUUUAUAGCAUGUUGUGAGUAUUACAACCAAUUUAAAAGAAAAAAAUGUAUCACACUUUGAUGAGGGGAGGUGUGUAAAGGUUUUUGAUGAUGUCGUUUCUCAUAUGCCUAUAGUUUUUGGUGGAUAUUCUGUAUUACUACUUUUUUCAGUCAAAAGAUCUAGAUUUUUUUUCUAAUUUAUUUCAAAUUUUGACAAACCCGAGGACUUCAAAAUUACAACAUUUUUUGUAAAGUAUAUAUUUGUGCGAUAGGUGCGAUAGACGAGGCUGGCAGGCAAAGCAGGCAUCUGUAGAUUCCAGGGCAUUAUCCCUCUUUGUUACUUGCCUCUCGUAUAAACUGAUUCCACCGCAUCAGCCGAUGGAGGACUCUUUAUGAUAGAAAAUACAGCAACGUGAAAAUUAGGACUAUGUGAUGUGACCUUUUGCACAGACUUCAAUAUUUUGUUCGUCUUUGUGAUAGGGUAUACUUGGCACUGAAGGUCUGGGUUAUGUGAAAGUCAUAUUUCCGGUGUUAUAGUGCGAUAGUCAGGUGCUGGCUUAUUUUGAAAACAUGCACAAUACUUGAUAUUGUUUUCCUUUGAUGGAAAAUGCAGUGGUUAGACUACAGAACAAUAUUUGAUAUAUGGAAAGGUAUAUGUUUUUGAGAUGUAGGCCUACAGUGUGUCAUAAUUAUAAAGAUAAGUAUUGUUGUUGAAUGGCAUUGUAAAAAAAAAAAGGAAAAGGGAAAAAAUCAAAUCCUACAAUAGAAGAAGCAAGUGCAUACAGCUAAUCUUUUGAAUAGUACCAAGUAUGUACAUUCACCUAAGAAUUCAACUGAAAAAAAGAGAAAUACAGGGUGAUUUUUUUUGUGAACAAUAAUUUUCCAUUUAGCAAACCAUAAACCUGUGCCAAGCUUCAAGCAGCGUGAAUCAUCUGAUGUUUGAAAAUACGUCUAAGAGGCAGUAUACCCGAAUUAAACCUGCAGACAUCAAAGAAAUAACACAAGUGGGUAUAAAUCUCAAGUUCUUGCUCCGCAUUUUGUUAACUGGAUAUCAGCUGUUCAUUCAUAUUGUGAUUCUAGUGACAAAAUACAGUGGCAUCCAGUUUUGCAGUCAUUCCAUGUAACAGAAAGUGCACCGUAUAAUGUUGUUUGGACACAUUUGUUGUGUGGUGUGAUGCAUAUGUUUUAGGUUAUUUAUUCAUAUCAUUUAAGUUACUUAAUCUUCCCUUUUUUGCUGAAAGAGAGAGCCAUUUGUUAGUUUUCAAAGACCGUAAGUUGUAGUUUGAAUCGUAUGGAAAGAAUUGAAGUGGCAUUAGAGAAAGUGUUGAAACUCUUGGGAUAAAAUAGCUUGUUUUAUUUUUUUGUGAUAAGAUGGUUAUACUUCCCUAUUUUGUCGUAAGAAGUGUCAUUAUGUGAUAAAGGAGAAGUAAUGCCAUUUUACAUUUGUUGCAAAGUUGUAUUUUUCUGGUGAUUUUUUUUUUUUUUUCUUUUCUUUUCUUUUUUUCAGAUUGAGCCUAUGUAUAUAUGUUUGUACCUACCUAUCUUUAAACACUCAUAAAUGCACAUGGUUACAUUUGCUCAUGGACUCACAUAUACAUACACACAUGGGUACACACAAUUUCUAUCCUUUCUCUUUUUCCCUCUCUCUUCUCCUAUCCCAUUCCCUGUCUCUUUCUCCUAUCCCAUUGCCCUGCUUUUCUCUUUCUCCAUCUUAUUGCCCCUCUUUUCUUUAUCUUUCUCCUAUUCCUUUCCCAAAUUUACUCCCUUUUGUCUUUUUCUCGCAUUCUCCCACUCACACCAGGGCACACAAACACAAGUACACAAGUUUUAACAAUACCCAAACAGUACCAUGGAAAAGUGGAAUGAAGCAUGGCUGAAAUGGGAAAGGAAAAUUUCUUUUCCCAUGAUUUAAUGUACUAGUAGAUCCACCGCCGUAAGCUUUUGGACAAUGUUUUUUUUUCUCAUUACCAGCCAGAUACUGUCAUGGCAAAAUGAGAAGUAGAGAAAAGGCCUUUCCACUUUAUUUUCACUUAAACCAUUUUUAAUGCUGACAAGGAGUAGUGUAGUUAUGUUUGUGUAUAUAUGUAUGUGUAUGGAUAAAGUAUUUAUAUAAUAUUUAUAUAAAUAUUUUGUAUACAUAAAAUCUUUCCUGAUAUAGUUUGUUAUUGCUGAAUUUGUUUUCCUGCUUAGCAAAACAUAUUUUUGUUAUUUAUCAUUUGGAAAAUAUUGUAAAAGAAAAAGAUUCAAAGCAAGUAAUGCGAAUGAAAUAGGUAAAAGAGAAUCUGUUCGCCUCACCACUUUAAUCACCAUUUUAAUACCUGCUUUCCAUUGUCUCAUUCACUUUAGAACUCCUGAAAAGGGGUAUUAUUUUUUUUGUUAUGUAAAAGUAAGCAUUUUUCAUCAUUUUUUGUAGCAUCUCAGGGCUUGUCAUGUCACCGAUUCCAGAUGAGGUAGAGGAAAAGCUUGUUUUUAUAUAUAUAUUCCCAUUUUUUCAGUGUAGGUCCUUACAUUGCAGAUGUUAAAUGAUUCCAACAUUUCACGGUUCAUUCAUAUGACUUCAUAUAUGUAAUCUUUUGAGUGCCACAUAUACCAGUACAGAGAAUUAUUAGUUGAAGUAGCUUGCAUCUCUACUUCCCUUUUUAUGUAGUAUUAGCCAAGUAUUAGAUGUGUUUAGGAUGUUUUGUUUUUUUGUUUUUUUUAAUUCAUUUGCUCACGAUCUGAUGGUAAUAUUUUACCUUACUAUUUGGAAGGAAUUGUAUCCGUAAGUUUGAAAUGGGUAUGCAGCAAGCUACAUUGCAUAGAUAUAGGUUGGAUGUUGUUCUUACAUAUGUUUAAUGUCUCCCCUUACAUAAUAGGUAUGCUAACCUGCUACCUUUAUUUAAUAUGACAAAUGUGAGGGUUGUUAUCAUUGACCUUUUUCUGUCAGUUUUCUAGCCUGUAAGCUCAGGUCAGAUAAGCAAUGAAUAUAUACUGAACCAAGGAAUAGGUAACACCAGGUAAUGGUUCCUGAAAAAUCCUGUCGCCCUGGUUCGAGUGAAUGCCAUUGCAGUUUGCGUCUCCUUGCAUCCCUCAUCUCCAAGGUCCAUAGCUGCUGUAUUUACCCACCUGAAAAUCAGUACACUGUCCCUCUGACAAACAUGCUCAGUGCAGAAGAAAUCGGUCAUUCAUUUCAGAAAUAUCAGGUGGCUUUUUGUUUUUUUUACUCCAAUUUUUGUCCUACCAGGAGAACCCCGACCCCUCAGCCCUCUUCUCCCCCAAAACUACAUAGUACAUGACAGUAUUUCGAGACGUAAGAGGGGUGCAAUCUGAUCAGUGUCUUAGGGGAGCAUCAUCUCUUUUAUCAUCUUGCUGGCCAAGUUGCCGGUAUGCCAUAUUUAUUCUGCGUGUUUUUGACCAUUUAGGGAUAUUUAUUUCUAUUUAUUUCUUUUUUUUUUUAUAUGUCCAUGAUGUUUGUGUGUAUGUUGUGUAUGAAUAGUACUUUUUUUUUUUAUAUAAGAGAGAGUGAGUUUCUUAGAGACGUGUGCUUAUCACUAUUCAGCAAAGAUAUUUAUAUUUUACAGGAUGGAUUAGAAAAAGCAAAAAGAGAGAGAGGAAAAGGGAUACGUGCCAGUUCUUGACAAGUGUCAAUUUCUGGCGUGGAAGUUAAAUCCCCAAAGGAAGUUGUGAAAUAAGAGAUGUACAUUUAUAUUUUUGUAAUCUCCAAAGCUGCUAUGCUCUUCCUGUUCAUCAUUUCAGUUCAUGCAUCCUCCUUAAUUUUUUUAUGGUUGUGUUAUCAUUUAAUGUAAUGCACUGUUUUCUGUGAAUUGAGUGAUGAAUAUGAAUAAUAAUAAUUAUGAAAUUGUGAA